AUGAACGUUAGCAUGCCGCAGUCCCACGAUGGACCACCGUUAUUAUCCCCGUUAAAACCAGAAAAGGAUUCCAAGAAUGCUCCUAUACAAGCUCCGAGACGAAAGGAGCAGUCUCUGGAUUUUCUCAUCCGUAGUGGUCUAGCCGGUGGCGUUGCCGGUUGCACUGCAAAAACUCUCAUCGCUCCUCUCGAUCGUGUAAAAAUCCUUUUCCAGACAUCGUCUCCGCAGUUUCAGAAAUACACCGGUUCCUGGUUCGGCUUCGGAAAUGCGGUGCGCAACAUCUACCACCAGGAUGGGUUCAUCGGACUAUUUAGAGGGCACUCUAUGACCCUGGUUCGAGUGUUUCCCUACGCUGCUAUCAAAUUUUUAGCAUACGAGCAGUAUCGAGCGAUAUUGAUUUCAAGCAAGGAGCAUGAGACGGUGGUCAGACGGUUAUUGAGUGGUUCAUUGGCUGGCGUGACGUCCGUAUUUUUUACCUAUCCACUCGAAUUGACCCGUGUCCGUCUGGCGUACGAAACGAAAAAGAAUUACAAAACCUCGAUCACCACUAUAUUCCGUCAAAUCUACCAGGAACCGCCACCGUCUCGAAGAUCAUUCUCAUCCAAUUUGCAAUCCGCAAAUGCAGCCUAUAAUAUCGCCCGAUCCGCUGCUGCAACAGCUUCCGAUGCUUCAGCUGCAACAUACGAUGCUCUUCCCCAACAAGUCAGGUCUCCUUUGUCUGGUAUCGCAAAUUUCUACCGCGGCUUCUUCCCGACGAUUCUUGGCAUUUUGCCAUACGCUGGAUGUUCUUUCCUUGCCCACGAUUUAAUGGGCGACCUUCUCCGUUCUCCUGAUUUCGAAAAAUACUGCGUUAGGCCAAAUACCGGGGUGGCAUCUGAUAGCAAGGAGCCGUACAGCCACUCCCAGCGAUCAAAACUUACGACUCCAGCACAAUUGUUCGCAGGUGGUGUUGCAGGAUUGGUGGGACAAACCGCCAGUUAUCCGCUUGAGAUUAUUAGAAGACGGAUGCAAGUCGGUGGAGCCGUAGGCGAUGGCAGAGCUUUCAAUGUCGCAGAGACUGCGAAGAUGAUAUUUAGAGAAAGAGGAUUCAGAGGCUUUUAUAUUGGGUUGAGUAUCGGUUUUGUCAAGAUUGUGCCGAUGACUGCAACAUCUUUCUUGGUAUGGGAGAGGAGUAAAUCUUGGCUUGGGAUAUAG